AAAAGACCAAUGAAAGACCAUUAUUACAAGAGAAAGUAAUUGAAAUCGGAAAGACCACACAAACACAGGCGCAGUUCUAGAGAGAGAAACCUUGUAGCUCAAAUCCUUCUCUCUCUAAAACCCCCCACCCAUCCAUUGCUUCACCUCGACUCCACUAAAACCAAAGAUUUAUCUCUCUCUAAUCAAAUCGAAAAUGAGCGAAGACGGGAAGCGAUUCGGCGGUGCCGGGGCAAUGGUGGUCCGUACACCCGCCGACGAUCGGAAGCCCUCGUCGGCGUCGUCCGCCUCUCUGGCUUCGGCCAAGAAGGUCAUCAUCAAGAGCGCCGACAUGAAGGAAGACCUCCAGAGGGAAGCCGUCGACAUUGCCAUUGCAGCGUUUGAGAAGCACAAUGUGGAAAAGGAUGUGGCAGAAGCGAUAAAGAAGGAGUUUGAUAGGAAGCAUGGGCCCACUUGGCAUUGCAUCGUCGGAAAAAAUUUCGGUUCUUACGUGACCCAUGAGACAAAUCACUUUGUGUACUUCUAUUUGGACUCAAAAGCUGUAUUGCUGUUCAAAUCUGGCUGAGCAGGGUGGAAAUUCCGACUUCAGAGAUGGCAAUGUCGAUGGCUAUUCUGUUGUUAUAAACUAGCAUGUGUAUGUAUGUAGUAUUUGCAUGACUUCUGCCAUGCGAAAUGGUCUAGCAAGACAAUUCUUUUCCUUAACUUGUAUAUCAAUUUCGACGUGAAUUUGGUUUGAACUUCGUGGACUUGGAUUUUUCGUGAUUCAGUUCAUCAUUUUCUAGUGUUUUUCCUAUGAAAACUAUUGGUUGCCAGUUUUCUUUAACGUUAUCUAUCCGCACUAGGCUAGAUUCUGCGGAAUGAUGGAAUCUAUGGAGCCCGAUGGCAUGUACACAUGUACUUCGUAAACUCUGGGUAUUGGUUGUUUAUUAAUUGAACCUCUUUUAAUUGCUGAAAUAAAA